AGCACAUUACCGGACAUGACACGUGCACUACAUGGAUUCAGCCUUCUUCCUAUAGUGACGCGCAGGGGUCCUGCAGGCAAAUCCACGGCUACCUUUGUUUACAUACACGUCACCAGGAAGUGGAAGAAAAACUUCGAAAUGUUGAGACAGGAUUCCCAGGGAGAUGUUCCACUUUUUGAUGAAGAUGAGAAUGCAGCCAGCAGGAGCAAGGCCAAAAUCCAACAUCCUCUGGCCUCUUUCUUCCACCUUUUCUUCCGUGUAAGUGCUAUCCUGGUCUAUCUGUUGUGUGAACAAGUCAGCAGCAGCUUCAUUGGCAACAUGGUCACCAUCAUUCUCCUGCUGUCAUGUGACUUUUGGACAGUAAAGAAUGUGACUGGGCGUCUGCUGGUAGGCCUGAGGUGGUGGAAUCAGGUGGAUGAGACUGGGAAGAGCCACUGGGUGUUCGAGUCUCGAAAGGAAACCAGCAGAAAAAUUGUCUCGAGUUCAGAAUCACGGCUUUUCUGGCUCGGCCUUAUCGUGUGCCCACUGUUAUGGGUGUUGUUUGUGUUUUCUACUCUUUUGUCCUUCAAGAUAAAGUGGCUGGCGGUGGUGAUUAUGGGAGUUGUGUUACAGUGGGCUAACCUCUAUGGAUACGUCAAGUGCAAAGUCGGGGGUGGAACCAAUCUGAAAAACAUGGCAACCAACUAUCUUGGCCUUCAGCUUUUUAAGCAGGCAGUGAACAAAUCCCAAGAACCCUGAUGUGCCUAUAAGGAUUUGACAUUGUUGGCGCUGCUAAUGUUUUAAUUUAUUUUCUUGUACUGACAUUCAGUGGGAAUCUCUUGCAACUCUUCUUGCAAAAAACUCUUUUCUCUGACCAAGUGCAUAUGGGCCUUUAUUUUUAUUUUUAAACACUGUAUGAUGUUUCAGUUAAUUCACCCUAGAAUCCUCUAAAAUGGAGCCCAUAUUGGAAAUAGAAAUAUGUCAUCAAUAUGUGCCAAGAUCCGAAUAGAAUGUAUAGAAUGAUUCUAGUUUACUUUCAAUAAUGAUGAUACUCUUUAAUCACUUUCUCAAUAUCCAUGAUGAUUGCAAAUAAAUAAUUACUGAAAUGUGGUUGAAAAUAGGUCUGGAAUAAAGCAUGAUUAAAGUAA